CAAAGUGAGGGAAAGUUGCAUCCGCGCUGCCCCGCCAUUGUCCACACAGCACGGCUGCGAAUAUUAGAAGAGCCCCGCGGAUUGGUCGCGGAACUUCCGCGUGUUUCCCCCUUUCUCUUCUCAGCCCUGACCCCUUUCGUCCAUUUUUAAAGCUCUCUUUUUUUUUUUUUUUUUGUAAAUAGCGAACAUGUCACAACAUUUCAGAAGCGGCCCAGCUUUCGGACUUUCUGCCGAGGUCAAGAGUAAGCUGGCAGGGAAGUAUGACCCCCAUAUGGAGGAGGAGCUGAGGCUGUGGAUUCAGGAUGUGACCGGCACCAAGAUUGGAGAGAACUUCAUGGAGAGUCUGAAGGAUGGAGUCAUGCUAUGCGAACUCAUCAAUGUUCUUCAGCCCGGCUCUGUGAGGAAGAUCAACCUCUCCAGUCAAAACUGGCACCAGUUGGAGAACAUCGGGAAUUUUGUCCGUGCAAUUACAGAGUACGGCCUGAAGCCUCACGACAUCUUUGAGGCCAACGAUCUGUUCGAGAAUGUCAACCACACUCAGGUCCAGUCCUCGCUUAUCGCCCUGGCAGGAAUGGCUAAGUCAAAAGGUUUCCACUCCAAGUACAACAUGGGAGUGAAAUAUGCUGAGAAACAGCAGCGCCGCUUCGCUCCAGAGAAGCUGCGGGAAGGACGCAACAUCAUUGGCCUGCAGAUGGGCACCAACAAGCUCGCCAGCCAAAAAGGUAUGACCUCUUACGGCACGAGGCGCCAUCUUUAUGACUCCAAGAUGGGCAUGGACAACCCAAUGGACCAAUCCACCAUCAGCUUACAGAUGGGCACCAACAAAGGAGCCAACCAGUCGGGCAUGACCGCCCCCGGCACGAGGAGGCACAUCUUCGACAAGAAGCUGGAGCUAGAGAACUGCGACACCACCACCAUAUCCCUGCAGAUGGGCACCAACAAGGUGGCGUCCCAGCAGGGCAUGACCACCUACGGCCUGCCCCGCCAGGUCUACGACAACAAGUACUGCACCAACCCCACCGAGGCGGCCUACAACAACGGCGGGCAGGCGGAGUUCGACGGAUACAACCAGUACUCCGACUGAAACCCGGUAUUCCCACACUGGUUUUGAGGUCUCGCUCCCCUGGCCUUUUUUAGACACGGUUUUACUCUCUGGGAAGGUUUCCACGAGUACGACAAUAAUACUUUUUACAUGGCCAACUUAUGUGGUUCUUGGUCCCAGACUGCAGAAUUAAAGGUUGAUAUUUAAUAUCUAUUUAUGGAUCCUUUUCCACAAUUGUAAUUAGAGACCGCGUUGGUGCUACUGAACCUUUUUGACAGACCCCCCCACCCCCGCCUUCUGGCCCUUAGAUUUACAGCUUUUUUUUUUUUAGUUUUUUAUUUGAAAUCCCCUAGUAUAGUCAAAGGCCUAACAAAUGACCCGAGGUUUUGUGGAAUGUUUUAUUUUGAUAAAUCUAAGGCAUGACAAAAGUAUAUUAGACUACUUGUAGUCACCACAGAUUCUUUCAAGGCAAAAAAAAAAAAAAGGCUUGCUUUUAAUAUUUUAUACGAGAAACGCGCCCCUUUUUUUUUGCGUCAAAUAAACACGCUACUGUUUUGGAAGUCACCAAAUGUGUUGAAUGUAACGUUGCUGCGUGCACUGGCAUGUGAAGGGUUAACCGAGAAGCACAGUGUGGCUGGUGGUGUCGAAAAUGUGAACGCUCGGAGUGGAGCGCCAUCUAGUGUUGUGUAAUCCUCACGCCGGUUACGCCCACUUUAGUCACCCCCUUUUUUUUUUUUAAACAUUCCUUAAAUUAAAUCGGUUGGAAGAAAAAGCAGUUUUUUUUACAAGUAGAACUGCAGCUAAUGUUAACAUUUCACGUUUCGACAAUGUACGGCUUUCACUAAACAUGACUUUUGUGCAAUAAAAACACUUGAAAAAUACAA